AUGGCAUCCGCACCACUUUCUCUGCUCCUCAUCGGGAUCUGCUGUCUGGGCCUCGUCGACCAGUCCGCGGCGGAGUGCUGCACCUCCAGCGAGGUGGUGUCCUUCAAAAUGAACAGGGGGGAAUGCGCGGAUGUUGGGGGAUUCGGAUACGAGUCCCACUGGUGCGAAAUCACCAUUUGCGCCGAUGGAGUGAAGAGGGUGGGCUCAUAUUGCGGCGAGGGAUCGUGCAACAUUUUCGGCUGCAACUGCGGUCGCGGAUGUCGUUACGGCGAUUGGUCCCAGAGCUUUGUUGAAAGGAACAAGGCCUACGGAAUUGAAGUCCGCGGGAAUGUCAGGAACGUCAUUUAAAUUUGAGGAAUUUGGUAAUAAAUUUAUUUGAAAUAUAAACAAAAAUUGUAACAUCAAUUUGGGAAAGAAACUUUGUUAAUGAUGUUAAAAUAAAAUGGUCCUUCGGGCCUAUCUUCCCCUUCCA